AUGGUGUUGGCCAUUAUUGCUUGUGUGUGUAGUCCUUGUUCUGAGGACUGGAUAUACAACGAAGGACUAUGUUACAGUUUUGGCUCAUCUCACCUUUCUUGGAUCGAGGCUUCAGCAAUCUGCAGCCUGUUUGACUCUUCCCUGGCAGAAGUUUCAUCACAAGUCGAAAAUGAUUUCAUUUCGCUGGAGCUAAGACUCAGAAAAUAUCAGCGAGCCUGGAUCGGGGCAACAGACAUGUUUAAUGACAGCAACUGGUUGUGGAUCGGUAGCAAAAAUGAGCUGACUGACUACUCUAACUGGCUGGAGCAGGAGGCAGAUGACCUAGACGAAGAGGACAACUGCGUCACCAUUGAGACCAACCACAACAAUCAGUGGGCUAGGGACCGCUGCAAUCACGAGUACAACUUUGUAUGUCAAGCAAAAGCUGAGGAACCAAUAAUUGGAUAA